GCCAGGCCAGGGGUGGGAGCAGAGAACAACUCUGUCUUAACUUGUUUUUCAAGGGGAGAGAGACAAAGAGACGGAGAGACACAGAGAGAAGGAGAAACGGAGAGAGACCAAGAGACGGGGAGAUCGGAAGAGCCAGAGAUAGGGCGCCAGGACAAGACAGGCAGGGGCUGCGGCGACAUGGAACAGUUACCCAGAAAAGUCCUCCUCUGGCAUCUCCUGCUUCUGCAGAGCUGCAGCGUCCACUUGUUCUCAGCCGCACCCCCAGGGUCAGGGGCCAGCACGGUAGUGUCAGAAGCCACCCUCAACCAGCCUGCGGGGGCCCGAGCUCUGCUUCGCUGCCAAAGCCCACGCAUGGUGUGGACUCAGGAUCGGCUACACGACCGGCAGCGAGUGGUCCACUGGGACCUGAGUGGCGGCCCCAGUGGCCCUGCACGCCGACUCCUAGACAUGUAUUCUGCAGGGGGGCAGCGCAUCUACGAGGCCAGGGAUGAGGGCCGCCUCCUCCUGGCUCCCACAGCCUUCCAGGAUGGCAAUUUCUCUCUGAUCAUCCACUCUGUGGAGGAGCAGGAUGAAGGCUUGUACACCUGUAACCUUCACCAUCAUUACUGCCACCUCUACGAGACUCUUGCCAUUCGCCUGGAGGUCACUGAUGACCCCUUAGCAGCUGGUGCUCACUGGGAUGGUGAGAAGGAGGUCUUGGUGGUAGAGAGGGGCUCCCCAGCACUGCUGACCUGUGUGAACAGAGCCCAGGUAUGGACUGAACGACACCUGGAGGAGGAGCAGCAAGUGGUGCACUGGGACCGCCAGCCUCCAGGUGUCCCUCACGACCGUGCUGACCGCCUGCUGGACCUGUAUGCUUCUGGUGAACGGCGUGCCUAUGGUUCCCCCUUUUGGCAUGGGCGAAUGGAGGUCAGCACAGAUGCUUUUGCCCGGGGGGACUUCUCCCUGAGCAUUGACCCCUUGGAGCUUGCAGAUGAAGGUACCUAUUCCUGUCACCUGCACCAUCACUACUGUGGACUCCAUGAGAGGCGCAUCUUCCACCUGGCUGUCUCAGAGCCCUCCCCUGAACCCCGCCGCCCUUCCCUAGUGCCUGAAGACACCCCUAGCAACCGUAGCAGCCAGAGCAGAAGCCCUUCUCCUCCUGAUCCCCCGGUGGUUCAAGGCCACAAUGUCAUUAAUGUCAUCAUUCCCGAAAGCCGGGCCCAUUUCUUCCAGCAGCUGGGCUACGUGCUAGCCACCCCACUCCUCUUCAUCCUCCUCCUCGUCACUGUGGUCCUCGCCACUCGCCAUUGGCGGCGGCAGAGAGGCUAUGCAUAUGACGUGAAGAAGUCAGGCGGGAAAGAUGUUAAUCUGAAGGAAUUUUCAGUGGAUUCAGCUGACUUGUCUCAGCUUAGGAAUGAGGACAUCAGGUUGGAUUAUAAAAACAACAUCCUGAAGGAGCAAGUGGAUCUGGCCUUGGGGGCCCUAGCCAAAAAUAUUGACUUAGACAGAGAGUUCCGGAAGGAAUAUUGUAAAUGAAGACUCUGGCAUCAGUCCCAUCCUCAGAAGAUCCCCCUUCCCCAACUCUGCCCCAACUGCCCCUGCUCCCAUCAUGACCUCCUCCCACUCACCCAGGACUUCCAUCUGGUCUGGCCCACCCCUGCAGCAGGUCCUGCUCUCUUUGGGGUUUGAUUGGAUUUUGGCCACCAGGAUGGGGUGAGUUUGGGGGUGAGAAGCCCUAUUUGUGCUGGACUGUCCACAUCCCACUUUUCUCUCAGGCCCAGAGGCCCAGGGCUGGACCCUCCCUCUGUGCCCAAAGUCAAAGCCUCCUUGUCUCCUGGGGUCUCUCAGGGCAGUGUCUCCUCUGGGCUCCUUUGCCCCUGUACCUGGCUCACCCUUCCCACCAAUGAACCAAGGCACAGAGGACAUGCCCCAGCUGGUGCCUUGUGAGUUGGGACAAGAGGCAUUCCCUAUGUCCCUCCAAUCUCUACAAGCUGAAAAUUCAAUACUGGGACCCAGGCUAGGGCUGGUCUCCUGAACCACUCCCUGCCUGUUUUAAACUACUUCCUUCAGCCCUGCCAGCAGCCUGUGCCCAGGCUGUAUCAUGCCAGCUCUUCACUCUAAGCCUUCUUUUCCCCAUGGCCUGGGCACUGGUUGCUGGAACAGGACCUGGUGCUCUCCAGCCCUAGACUCUCUCUGGCCCACUGUACCCUGACCCCCAAACUGGAGUUCUUUCUUCCUCCCCUCCUGGGACCGUACACAAGCCCUCAUUUCCAUGGCUUCGGCUAUGCCUUACCCCCAAGGGGUGGCACUAUGUAUCUGGAGCUGGAAGAAGAUAUGGCUGCCCUGCCAAGUGGAACCGUGCUCUGUAGGAACCCUCAGAGGAAACUUCAUUGACAGGACUCCUAGGGAGUUGACUUAGGAAGGAAAUUAGGGGAUAGGGAAGAAGGAAGGAGCUAAAUGGAUGCUGAGUGUCAUAGGGAGGGAGAGAAGAAAGUGAUAAUGGAGAGAAACUCACAAUUUUAAUUUUCCUGAUUUGGAAAUCUACUAAUUUGUGUUUCCAGAACUGUUCAUUGGAAAGGUGUCCCCUGGGGGCCCCCCCAGCGGUGGAUGGGAGAGAAUGGGGGAAGGGCCGAGUGGGGAUCCUUACAGUCUACCACAGGGUUCUCCUGGGAGGGAGGGUUCAGGGUUGACUUUGGGUAAAUGGGCAGUGGAAGCUUCCCUCACCCUCCCUGUCACAGAUGCUGGUCCUUGUAACCCAGAGGGGAGUGGAAUGGCCCAGCUACUGGAGGGUAGCCUCCUCCCAGUGCCCUCAUUGGAGCCCCAGAAACUCCUCAGCAAACCAAUAUAGGCAACCUCAAUGGCCUGACUGUCCUAUAUACACUUUCUGGGCUGUCGGUGGCAAAAUUAACCUCCCACUAUCCCUUCCCCAACCCCAAUAUCGAUCAGUAAAGGCUAAGGACAGGCUGAUUCUCUGUUAGACCAACCUGUGCCAGUCAGGAGUGACACACACUGUUGUUGAUUCCACACAGCUGGGUUAUGUGAUCACUGAGGCCUGGCUAGCUGCACUCUGUCUGGGUUAUAUGGAUUUUUCUGUUAUUACCUGGGAGUUUUCUGUAUCCCCCAUUAACUCCAUUUGGAGUGGUCAGUCACAGAUGGUACUCUUUUUCCCCAAAGUCCUAGAACAGAGGUGAGGAACCUGCAGCCUGGAGGCCACAUGUGGCUCUCUGGGUCCUCAAGUGUGGCCCUUUGAUUGACUCCAAACUUCACAGUUCUGUGGCUGCAUGUGAGGACCUAGAGGGCCGCAUAUGGCCUCGAGGCCACAGGUUCCCCACCCUUGUCCUAGUCACUGAUGGCUGGGAGAGGAGGGGGUGUGCUUUGCCAGGUGGGAGGGAGAUAGUGGAAGGUGUCAAGAGAACAGAAUUGGUGUGUGGAUGGCUCCCCGUUCCCACCCCUUCCUAUCUUUACCUGUCUGGUACUCAAGCUGUGGAACCAUCCCUAGGAUGAUAUCCCUAGGAUGAGCUCUCCUCUUUUAUCAAUCAACAAACAAUUAUUAAGCACCUACUGUGUGCUGGGCACUGCAUUUGGCUCUGGGGAAUAAUAUACAAAAGUCUCUCCAUUAGAUUGUGAGUUCCUUGAGAGCAGGGAUUACUUUUUUUGCACUUGGCACAGCACCUCGCACAUAGUAGGAACUUAAUAAAUGCUUAUUGACUGAUGGCCCUCAAGGAGCUUACAUUCUAAGGGAUGAUACAUGCACAUUUUUAGGUAUAUACAGUAUGUGUACAAAACAGAGACACGGUAACCUUGGAGAGGAGGCACCAGCCUCCCAGUGAGGCCAGAGAAAGGCCUCCUGCAGAAGGGGCUGCUUAAGCUGAGUCUUGAAGAAGACCAGGCAUUCCCCACCCCCAUCUCUAUCAUCCUCCUCUACCCCACCAUUCACCAUUCUCAGCUCUCCAUUGGAAUUCCCUCCAGGUGCUAUUGGGCGCUGUGGUUGGCUUCCAUUUCUGACUAUGCCCAGGCUGGCUGAGGUAGGGAUGGGUUUCCCUUGACCUAUCAGCCUUGGGGUUGCCUUGAACCAUUUUACCCUUCUUGAAUUGGACUCCACCAAGCCCACGGUCAUUCGCUCAUCCUUCCAGUAUAUCUUUCUGUAUACUUUUCACCUACAUCAUAACAAUGGAGACAAUAAAGGCCAAAGGUACCUGUG